CAGGUAUAAGUAUAUAGUCAACAGCGUUUAUCCGGUCAUACAGUAUAUGUUGGGUCUUUGCACAGUGGUUUUAUCAUCAUGUAUCUAAAGGUAAGGUUAUAUAUUUUAAAAAUAUGCACUACUACAUGACAUAAUGGUUGUUCAAAUUAUAUAGUUCAAUACAGCAUAGUAAUUUGCUACAUCUGGUCCUUUUUAAUCAGUAAUCCAAUAGGCAAUACUUAAUUGUAACUUCGAAUCAGUGAUUGAUACUUGAUCUAUAUUGGCAUGCAUGCAUAUAUCCUUCUUCGCGGCAAACAACUCACUUUGGUUUUUGUCCUUUGGGAGGUAGUUCUAGCAUGAGUAUUUACUGUAGUUGAAAGUGAAAUGAUUAUCUUAAUACGAGAAGGGUCGUAAAAGGCGAAAGAAAUAAAGAGAAUAUAGUUGCAUGAUUGUCGAGUUCAGAUUGUUCAGCUGGUACAUCUAUAUGGUAAUAUGGCGGUAUUUCCCAUACACGUUCCUAAGUUACAAGUAACCUAAUUUUGAUUGCGCUCGAGCGAGAAAAUGCUCAGUCGCGGGGGACAAAUACGAUGAAAGGUAUAUGCCAUAAAAAAACAAACCAUAAGUCACCUGCGCUGGCUGCGCAUAUAUAGGAAGAGCAAAAGGAAGAAUAAGUUUUGUUAUCAAUAUGAGACACACCCCCAGAUGGCCAGAUUCGACUUAAAGAUCGCGCUAUCUGCUAGGCCUGCCCGCUUCGGUAUAAUGUAUUUUGCCAGAGAGACUGAAUGCCAGAUUGAAAUUGGUUUCAUUACAUUGGAAUGUCAUGCAGUAGAGUGAGGAGUUUUCGACGUAGCUCAGAGAAUGAAAUCCCAUGACCAGAUCGAAAUACUCGUAAAUAUAGUUCCAUAUAUUUUUAUCUAUCUCUUACGAUUGACUACCUACCUCUGCAUUUCCGCGCAUCUGAACAGAAAAUAUGUUCCUUCUAUUCAUCUUUUAACAAACUGGCAAUGUCUAUCAACGUCGGGCAAAAUCCCACACCUCCACCCCACCCCCUCCCUCAUUUUUCCAACCCGUAUGGCUAAUGAUAAGUGACUACGAAUAAGUUGCACAUCCGCCACCGGAAAUCGAAAAUUCCUGUCUUCAGUCAAGGGUACUAACGUUCGUCUGAUCUAAACUUAUCACGUUUUGUCCAAACAGUUCGAUAUGCGGCUAUAGGUUAUUGCAGGGCCGUUCCUAGACCGGCGAUAAUUGGGGGUGUAUAUUCAUAUUUUCAUGUUCACAUACAGUAAAAACAAUCGCUUUGCUUUCAAAAGAAAUCCGCCGGGCAGAACGCGAUUAUAUCAAUAUACACCCUCCUCCCCAAUUAUCGCACUAGGAACGGCCCUGGGUUAUUGUAUCUGUUCAUGAUCAAUCACGUCUUAAAUCAGUUCUGCAUUCUGUUAUUUGUACAAACGAUUGAUAGAAAUUUUAACUAAUUUUAAUCAUUGAACUGAUAGGAAAUUCUUGUUCCAGAAGCUGUUCAUACGCCGUAACAUAUCUUUUAAUACUUAAAACGUCUUCGAUGCUCGCUGCGGACUCAUGACGUUUUAUGAGAAGAGUCUACCAUUCUACCGAAUCGAAAGUAGUGGGUCAUCUAAUUCUGGUACUCACGUCUCACAGAGAAUGUUGACAGGGAGGGGGUGGGAUAACCGAAAACUUAUCUUUCACUGUAUCCGUCGUUCUCCAUGAGCAGAAAUGAGUCACGAGGUGGCUUCCAGUGGCGCCCUUGAAAAGAGUAUAUUCUAAGAGCAAUGUUGUGGGACUGAAAUGAUAAUAUAACAAGCUAAGGCUUACUGUUCUCCAAAGAGGUGGGGUGGAGUGGCAAGAUGCGGGGGUGAAAAGGCGUGGAAGGUGCGACAUGUAUACAUGGAAAGUUGUAGUAUGUGUUUUUGGUUCUUGCAAAUUUUUCAAUUAUGUUGUUUUGAACUUAACUUGAAAUAAAAGAUUCGAUAUACAGACAUUUUUCAUGUUGAUCCUGGAGCCACAUAAAUGAUCUAAUGAUCCUAGUCAUCAACUACAGAUUACUAAAAUCAUUACUGCAUCAUUUUUACAAGUUUUACACUAGAGUUACAAACACCUUCAAGGUUAUGAUGAUAUAAUCUGCUAAUUUUGGAAAGUCAUCCUCUCCCCAGCUAAGCCUCUCUCUUCUACACCCUUGUCUAAUAGUCUUUUUAAUGCUAGGUAAUGUGCAUGAAUUAGGAAAUAACUGAGACAAUUUUACAUAUUUUUCCUAGAGUUUCUCGACAAAUAUUGUUCUAACCGCCAUCCUGUUUAUCAUGAUUCAUGUUAACAAAUCAGUUGCUCGUAUGGAACGUGGCAGUUCAAAUCUAAGGAAAUUCCUGAAGUAAGUACAAAACGAUGAUCAUGCAUGCCCGUAAAGUCAGGCGUACAAGGUGCAUGGUAUACGUGUUAGAGCGCUUUCGAUCUGGCUACGAGAUUGUAUACGAGAUUGAUUUAUUUGGAUACCAUGUAGAACUUACUUACUUACUUACUUACUUAUUCACAAAGAGGAAUAGCCCCCUGGUAGCUAGAGGAUCAUAAACAUUCACAAAGUUCGUACACUUCAUCCAGUUUCAUUUGUUUUAAUGUAACCUUAUUACCAAAUCAUGUGUAAAAAGUCAAUUUUCAUAUUUCAGAUACGAUGAGGAGAAAAUUUCUUGGCUGAGACAAAAGCGAACCCAUGCAUACAGAGAUCCCUGUGAAAAAGACGAAAGCGUUGUAAAUACAGGUAGUUUGGACACCGACAGUUGCUCAACUUGUAUGUACUUUCCAUCAACACUCAAAGAAGUCAAGUGUAGCACGGGAAAUGGUUUAAAUGUGAGGGGCCAAACAAGUUGUAAUUAUAAUAUUGAUGGUGAUUGUAUUAACAUCGAAGCAACUAUAAAAGUAAUCAAAGUAUAUUCAAAUGGUCAGCAUGUAGAACGUGAUGUCCAUCUCAAGGUUGGAUGUGCGUGUAUGUUGCUGCCGGUUUAAGUUUUAUGAAGCUUCAUCAUCUUUGUUCUUUACGUAACUGUAUUGGGAACUCUUAGAUAGACAUUCGUCUAAGCACGGUUAACUGUAAUAGCUCAAGAUUGUACAUUGUAGUUAGGGCAUUUUAACAAGUGGAAAUUACUGGUAAAGAUUAAUAGAUCUCAGUCCUCAGUUUCGCAUGCAAAUUUUGUCAGUAUAAUUUAUUGCUUGAAUGUAUUACUGAACUAUAUAUUCUAUAUAUAGUGGGGUGUGGAACACCUAAUUGGACUGGCUGUACGAAGGCUGGAAGUCAAUUGUACAAGGAGUAAUUCUUAGUAAAUGUGAGGAGCAAACAAAUUUGUGGAUAUAAUAUUUCAGUUGAUUGUUUGGACAUCGUCGCAACAUUAACAGUAUGAGGGUAUACGUUGGUCAGGGACGUGGUACACCACGUCAUGUCAGUCUCAAGGUUGGAUAUGUGCGUGCAUGUUGCCGUCCUUUGGAUGAAUCUUCAUCUUUGCUUUUUAUCUAACUGUAUUGUGAACUCCCAUGUAAAUAUUCGUCUAAACACCGCUAACUAAUAGCUCAAGGUUGUUGAUUGUAGUCCUGGGAUUUAACAAGGGGAACUCAAUGGCACAGAAUUUAAUUAGCCUUUUACCAAAAGAGAUCACAAUGCGUUCUGGGGUUGUUUGCAUGGAGGGACAGAUUACAUGGUGACAGGCGUCAAAUAUGUGAAGGAGUAGAAGUAUCUACUAUCAAAUAUCAACUUUUUAGAUGGCCAAAAAUGAAAUAUCUCCUUUUUACAUUAAACAUUUAAUUUAAACGUCUGCUGCCAUAUUUCUUAUCCCUCCAACUUGGGAUUCGCGCGACUAGACCCAGGAUUUUGGGAAAUGGCUAACAGAUCUCCUCAGUUUCCGCAAAUUUCGUAUCACUCAAGACACAUUGAUUGCAUCUAUUGCUGAACACCCAUAACAUAUAUGUAAAACUUUAUCUUAAUUUAGAUUAUUAUUAGUAAGCCA